AUGCCCGGCGACGUCGAAAAUGUCAACGGCGAGACUGAAUCCCUCCUCGGCCGAAGCCGGCAUCGAGUGAGGCGCUUCUUUGAUGGCUUUAUCGACUUUGCCUUCCAGGGCAACAUUCUCCAAAUCGCCUUCGGCUUAAUCAUCGCCAACAUCUUCACCGACCUCGUCAAGUCCUUUGUCAGCGCCAUCCUCAUGCCCCCUCUCGCCAUCUUGUUCCCCGUCAACAAGAACAUUGAGGAAAAGUUCGCGGUGCUCCGACCCGGAGACGGGUACAACAGCACGACGGGGUACAACACGCUGCGCCAGGCGUUGGAUGACGGCGCCGUCGUCAUGGCCUACGGGUCGUUUAUUUACCAGGUCGUCUCCUUCAUCAUGGUGGGGUUCGCCUUGUAUGGGCUGGCGCACAUAUACACCUUGAUCUCGCAUGAUCCGAUCAUCAAGCAUACCAAGAAGUGCAAGUACUGUCGAAAUCGAAUCAAUGAGAAGGUAAGGUCAGGAGCUCUAGUGCUUGCGCUGUUUUAA